CAUUGGCCACGCCCUCGUAAGUGACGUGUUAUUGAUGUAGAGGAAGGCGGGGAUUGAAUGUUCAUUCCACAGCACUUUAGCGUUUGUUUGUUUGUUUGUUUUUGGGGGAUAAUGCUUCACCGGUUUUGACUGAAAGUUUAACAGCACCUUUAUGAGGCAUUGCAUGGGUUUGUGCAAUGGACUGCAAUAGAAACUUUAACAAUUUUCAGCACACUUCCCUGCUGCUCCUUUCCUUCCUGGAGCAAAAAGGCUGCCAAAAUAGUGAGCUUCCUGAACAGCUAAAGCUGCCUACCAAUCACAAUUAUAUUGAAAUUGACGAAGAAUUACAAACCGACGGUCACAGUUGCUCAGUCACCUACAGAGAAAUUCUGCAUGAUCUUCAGAAUCAAGUUCAGCCUCAACUGCCAGUUGAUGAGGAAGAGGCUCAGGCAGCAAGGGAAUUGGCUGCAGAAUUGAUCAGAAUUGCAGACCUGCUUGAGCAGAGAGUCCUGUUUCAAGCUGCGGAAACUUUGACCAAGAAACUGGACACAUGCCCCACACAAUUUUGGGCUGGACAUCUAUCUGAUGGAGUGCAGGGCUUGCUUCGCCAGGUGGCAGGAGCCAAAGAGUUUAAGAAGGAACUUGUUGAGAUGGCCUUCACUUUUGUGCUCAUGAAGACUGUGUGUGAGCAUGUGCCCCAGUUUCUGUUCAGUCUUUAUGGCUCAGUGGUCCAGUAUUUUGGAUCCCGCUGAUCCGUGUACAAGUUAUACAAUUAUAAGGUUUAGAAUGUGAAUGUUUGUAUAAAUAAAAGAUAUAUUUGAAUGUCUUUGCCUUCUGUAAAAAAAAAAAAAAAAGUUGUAAAGAUUGUAAAAAAUGAAUAUCCCUCUCAAUUGUUCAUGAUUAUUAGAACUUGAAGUCAUGGUCAAGACUGAAACCCUAGUGACACCUUAUGGGAAUAUAUAUUUUGUUGGUUUCCUUUUUUUUAAUUUUUUUUCGUUACUCUGUUUUAAUACUGUGUGAAACAAGCAAUAAACAUGCAUUUGUGCA